AUGGCGGCGGUUUCUAUGAUGUUUGGAGUCUCAGCAUCUUCGCAUGCAUCUUUCACACCAAAGGGGAUCGGAAAUUCAUCUGCUUUCUUCACUUCUAAGACUCCUUUCCGGUUUAGCUCCCCCAUUUCCUUUCAGCCUUUCCCGCGAUUCCUCUCAAGGGAAUCAUAUAGAGUCAAAGCAACAGUGAUACAAGAAACUGAAGAUCAAGUGGUCAUAGAGGAAUCAUCCCCACCAAAGAGUUCUCCUGGCAGUGGAAGAGGAAGCAAUGGUGAGCCACCAGACAAUACAUCCUCUAAUGGUCUAGAGAAAUGGGUCAUAAAGUUGGAGCAGUCUGUAAAUAUCUUUCUUACGGAUACAGUGAUAAAAAUGCUCGACACUUUGUACCAUGACAGAAACUAUGCAAGGUUUUUCGUUCUCGAAACUAUUGCAAGAGUUCCUUAUUUUGCAUUUAUGUCUGUUCUGCACAUGUACGAGAGUUUUGGUUGGUGGAGAAGAGCAGAUUAUUUGAAAGUGCACUUUGCUGAAAGCUGGAAUGAGAUGCACCAUCUGCUCAUAAUGGAAGAAUUAGGCGGAAAUGCUUGGUGGUUUGACCGGUUUCUUGCUCAACAUAUUGCAAUUUUCUACUAUCUCAUGACAGUUUUUAUGUAUGCCCUGAGCCCAAGAAUGGCAUAUCAUUUCUCAGAAUGCGUGGAGAACCAUGCAUUUGAAACAUAUGACAAAUUUAUCAAAGCUCAAGCAGACGAGUUGAUGAAACUUCCUGCACCAAAGGUUGCUGUAAAAUACUACACCGAAGGCGAUUUGUAUUUGUUCGAUGAAUUCCAAACAUCAAGGUUGCCCAAUACUCGAAGACCAAAAAUAGAUAACUUGUACGAUGUGUUUGUCAACAUCCGAGACGACGAAGCUGAGCAUUGCAAGACCAUGAAAGCCUGUCAAACUCACGGCAGCAUUCGCUCUCCUCACUCGUAUUCGGAUGAAUCGUCUGAAGACAUUUCGGAGUGUGAUCUCUCGCAAGCUGAUUGUGAAGGCAUUGUUGACUGCUUAAAGAAAUCUGUUUCUGAUUCUCAAGUAAUCCGGGGAUAGGGCGAACUGCAUACCAUAAGAGAUUCAAGUGUGAAUAGAAAAAUACAACCACGAAUGUAUACACAUUAUAGAUUGUAGAUCCAAUAUAGUUGGACUUAUUCCUGAAACGGAUAUUCAAUGUCGGAUUGAAACCUCUACUCCAUUUUUACUCCAUGAUUUGACAACUUCAUUCAGUGCAGAGUAAAUUUGAGUCUCACUUUCAA